AUGUUGAAGGAACGGGACGACCAAGAUCAGGAAAUAUGCAAAGCACCGUCACCAUCGUCGACGGAAGACAGAAAGCUCCAUGAUUCGGAUGCGGACCCGGUUGGUUCCCAGCGCGUGUACAAGAAAACUUCCUCCAAUCAACUGCUGACGCUGUACCUGGGCAGCCGGGAGCUGGUGGCACGGAAGGGCGUCAUCGAACCGCUCAAGGGUGUGCUUUACAUCGAUUCGAAAAUCAUCAACGAGGCUAAAAUCUACGGACAGCUUACACUAACGUUCCGCUACGGGCGCGAAGAUGAGGAAGUUAUGGGACUAAAGUUCUGCAAUGAAGCCGUUAUUGCCCUGCAGCAAUUUUGGCCAAGACCCGUAAGUGCCGAAACGGAUUCAUUGACGCCCCUCCAGGAAGCCCUGCUCGAGCGGUUGGGCAAAAAUGCGGUUCCCUUCGCACUGGAAAUUGGCACGCUCGCCCCACCAAGUGUGCAGCUUUUACCGGCCAAACGCUACACCGGAGCACCGAUCGGCACCAGCUAUGACGUUCGCGUCUACACAGCCGAAGCAUCCGGUGACGAACGUGUCCAGCGGAGAUCAACUGUGAGAUUAGGUAUAAGAUUAAUCCAUAAGAUCUGCCUUGAUAGUACGAAAGCGCCGGCCGCACUCGAGACGGCCACCGUCAACAACUCGUUCAGCGAACCGGGCGCACCACCAGCCGGACCAAAAAGUCCACCCGCCCUGGCACCGCAGGCUUCGAUUACGGGCGGACCGGACAGUAAUGCCAACACAACCACCACCUCCACCACCAUUCCACGGGCGCUUCGGUUACGACUGUCACCGAAAUCGCUCAAACUGUCCUCGCUUCAUCGGCACAGCAGCAGCGUGGACAGCACGAACGGUGGCAUCAAGUCGUACGGCGAUCAUGCCAUCAUCGAGCUGACGGAAACGAACAAGGGUCCACAAGUGUCCGUCGAUAAGCCGUUCCUGUGGGCGGACGGACGCGUCAAUCUGAAGGCUUCACUGAACAAAGCGGCCUACGUGCACGGUGAAAACGUUACCGUCACGCUCGACAUCAAGAACGACAGCCGAAAAAUUGUGCGGAAAAUACGGCUGGUCGCCGUACAGCACGUAGACGUGUGCAUGUUCAGCAAUGGCAAGUUCAAAAACAUCGUCGCCGAGGUGGACGUCAGCAAGCACAUCGGUCCGGGCGAUACGCUCCACGCGUCCUACUCGCUGCUUCCGGUACGAGGCACCACCAAAAACUGGAUCGCCGUGGAAGGUGCCUUAUUUAGCAGCAACAGCGCCGACCCAAGCUCAUCCGCCUACAACUCCAAGCUGGCAACGAGCGCACCGCGUGGUAUGCUGUCCGCAUCGGCCACCACAACCGAGGAGAAGAACGUGUUCGCCAUCUACGUGUCCUACUACGUCAAGGUGAAGCUAAUACUCAGCAGUAUGGGCGGUGAGGUAUCGCUCAAGCUCCCGUUUGUGCUUGGCAACGUCGAGCUUAGCAAUCCGGACGUAUCGAAACCUCCGGACACGCUCAGUGGGCUCAAGAAGUUGCGUGAACUCCGGCGAAAAUCGUCCGCAAUCGCCACCAACGGAGGUGUCGGUGGAAGUUUAGACUUUACGCCCUGCCGGUCCCCACUGUCCAAGGAGCUAAGUUUGCGGGACGUUGACGAGCCAGCGGAAGAGGAGGCAACCGCUAUCGGCAAUCGGGUACAAAACCUUAACCAACACAAUCAAACCACUGCCGGGUUUCGGAGCGCAGGAUCGCCUACGGCAGCAGGUACCGGGGAGGAACAGGCCACCAUCAAUAGUCGGCGCGAGCUGUUCAAAAAUUCCAAGUUUAAUGAAAACCUAAGCAGUACAAUCGACAUCAUUACCGAAGACUUCCAGACGAUAACGGCCAACAUUUCCAGCCUGAUCACCAAGUCGGAUUCGAGCAAAUCGAACCUGAACGAGGCGGGCGUGUCCUGCAAUCAGGAGAUCAGCGUUGAAGCUCAGAUACACUGUCCACAGUCGGUUGGUGACGUAGUGACGGAGGAUGGACCAAUCGGUCCAUCACCCCAGGGAUCUCCGCAACGGUCUCCCCAACCAGUGGAACAUUGA